AUGUCCAUGACCCUCGAAGACGGCAAAGUGGUCACCGCCAUCACCGGCGCAUCCGACGGCAUCGGCUGGGCUGUCGCAGAAGCCAUCGCAGAAGCUGGAGGUGAUCUCGCCCUCUGGUACAACACAAACGACGCAGCAAUCUCCAAAGGCGAGGAGAUUGCAAAGAAGCACGGUAUUCGUGCCAAAGCAUAUCAAGUCGAAGUUUCUGAUCAUGAAGCUGUCAAGAAUGCAGUUGACCAGGUCGUCAAAGACUUUGGCAAACUGGAUGUCUUUGUCGCCAACGCUGGCAUGGCCAUCUCGAAGGCGAUCACUGAGCAGACUAUCGAGGAGUACAGGAAGCAGAUGUCUGUGAAUGUCGAUGGUGUUGUCUUCUGUGCCAAAUACACCGGAGCCGUGUUCAAGAGUCAGGGAUUCGGCAACCUUAUCAUCACAUCGAGCAUCUCUGCACACAUUGCAAAUGUGCCUGUUGAUCAACCAAUCUACAACACGACAAAAGCUGCCGUGAACCACCUUGGAAAGAGUCUGGCACGAGAGUGGCGUGAUUUCGCAAGAGUUAAUAUCGUCUCUCCUGGCUUCUUCGACACCAAGAUGGGGGCCUCUCCUCUCUGCAUCAACGAAGCAUACCGCAUGACACCUCUUGGACGUAUGGGUCACGUCAAGGAGAUCAAGGGAUUGUUUUUGUAUCUGGCGAGCGAUGCUUCAUCGUACCAGACUGGCAGUGACACAAUCAUCGACGGUGGAUAUGUGCUUGUGUGA